GUUUCAAAAACAAUAACAAAAGCAAUGCCCAUACUAGAAAUCAACUCAAAAGACGUUUUUAGAAAACUCUAUGGGAUUCUACCAUUAUAGUUGAGGCCAGAGAAAAAUCACGAGACAGUUUCAGAAGAAAAGUUAAGAGAAUAACCUCCAUUUUCUCAGCUAUUUGGUUAUUCUUUAGAAAUAAACAAAUAAGCCAAAAUCCACGUUUAGAAUCAAAGGUUACUCAAAGACCUAGCCACCAACUGAACCGAGCAUCUCAGAUAGGCCAACACAGACAUCCAAAAUGCCACUCCCCACAAAGAGACAUCUGAGGGCUCUCCCAAUGAAUUCCCAGUGCGCUAGACUCAGGCAGGCGGUGCGGGGAGCUGGCUUUAUCCAUCCGCCAAGAUGAGGAAGCGGAGGAAGGAGGAAGCACACGACAAGGCCUUGAUCCUCACAGAUGUAACCCAGCCAGCCGGAUGGGUGCGGGUGGUAGGAGACAGCUCCAGCAGCAGAGGUGGUGCCAAAGAACGGCUUUAUUUCCAUAUGAUGUGAGCAGUAACAUAUAUCAAUAAUCACAUUCCAGCGAUUGAUUUCCAGCAUGUUCUGAACUCAUCAAGUGUCAAGACAGCUUGUUCCAACCAAACAUUAAAGCCAUAAGGAAUGUUUAAAAUAAAAAUCAAUAACAGAAUGCGGUGUUGCAAGCUUCCUGGGAGAGUCAUGGGGAUCCGGGUGCUGCGUUUCUCUCUGGUGGUCAUCCUUGUGUUACUGCUCGUGGCUGGAGCUCUGACUAACCUACUUCCAAAUAUUAAAGAAGACAAGAUCCUCACCCUGCGUCGGGAGAUGAAACCCCAGGGCAAGCCCCCACUGGAUUCCUUUACUCUCAUUAUGCAGACGUACAACAGAACGGAUCUCUUGUUAAGACUUCUAAAUCAUUAUCAGGCAGUCCCUCACCUCCACAAAGUGAUUGUGGUGUGGAACAAUGUUGGAGAGAAAGGGCCAGAUGAGUUGUGGAACUCUCUUGGGCCACACCCUGUCCCUGUGAUCUUCAAACCGCAAACCACAAACAGAAUGAGAAAUCGAUUACAGGUCUUCCCAGAACUGGAAACCAAAGCGGUGUUAAUGGUGGAUGAUGAUACACUCAUUAGUGCCCAGGAUCUUGUUUUUGCUUUCUCAGUGUGGCAGCAAUUCCCUGACCAAAUUGUAGGAUUUGUGCCUCGAAAGCAUGUCUCCACAUCCUCAGGUAUCUAUAAUUACGGCGGAUUUGAACUACAAGCACCGGGGUUGGUAAAUGGAGACCAGUACUCUAUGGUGCUGAUUGGAGCCUCAUUCUUCAGUAGUAAAUAUCUGGAACUCUUCCAGAGACAGCCUGCAGCCCUCCAUGCUCUGAUAGAUGAAACUCAGAAUUGUGAUGAUAUCGCCAUGAAUUUCAUCAUCACCAAGCACAUUGGAAAGACUUCAGGGGUAUUUGUGAAGCCUGUAAAUAUAAUUAAUCUGGAAAAGGAAACCAACGGCUAUUCAGGCAUGUGGCAUCGAGCUGAGCACUUUCUGCAGAGGUCUUACUGCUUAAAUAAGCUUGUUAAUAUCUAUGAUGGCAUGCCCCUAAAAUACUCCAACAUUAUGAUAUCUCAGUUUGGGUUUCCAUAUGCCAAUCACAAAAGUAAAAUGUGAAAGGGAAGCAGAGGAAAAACUUGGCACUACUAUCUUUAGAUCUCAGCCUCCUGAGUAGCUAGGAUUAGAGCCGUGAGCCACCAGCAUCCAGCCAGUUGAUUGUUUUCAUGAGAAGCCUGAAAUGCCUCUUGAGCAAAAGCCCGAAGUGCAGGGAAAAGCCAUUAAAGAACAUUUUAAUCCCAUGUGAAAAGGAACUUUUGUCGUUCCCCUUGCUUCCCCCAUGGCCCUUCUGACUGUGGUUUUGAUAUAGUCAUCAGUGCUUUGAUGUUCGUUAACUAGCCUGCUGCGAUUGAGAGGGUAAGUGUCAUAGUGCAACAGUAUCUAGUUGUUUGCUUGCAUUUUGUCAGCAUUAAUUGCAUGAAUCACUCCAAAAUGCAGUUUCUUAUAUGCAUCAGUGGGCAGCUGGGAGAAAACUGUUAUUGCAUUUUGUUACUGAAUUUGACCUUGCUAAUGUCUAUCAAUUCCUUAUGUUUUACAUAAAGUCUGUGUUUUAUAAACAUGUAUAAAAUAACUUCUGAAAGAAUGACUUAAGUAAAAGCUCACAGAAGUUAAAACCCUUAGUAUCAAAUGGUUUUUAUUAUUAAAGCAGAGGUUAUCUCGCGGAUACUAAGCAGGUGUGUGUGUAUCAUACACAAAUGCUUACAUUCAGAACAAUUUUCCCUCUCUUUUUUCAACAAGACCCAAAGCACCAUAUACAUCCUGAUGAAAUUUCAGUUACACCAGAUGCACUGACGAGAGAGUCCCAGCAGAUGGGAUUGUUACAUGAAUUCAUGGCUUUGCCCUCCUUGGUAUCUGUUUAGUCCUAGAUUACUACUGCUGCUAAGGGAUACUUCAUUAGGUCUUCAUCACUUCCUCUUCCUCUUCUUCCUCCCCCUCUUCCCUCCCCCCCACUUUCCCCUUUCCUCUCUAUCCCCUUUCCUCUUCCUCCAUAUCUUCACAUAAUGCCUGCAACAUUCUCAAAAUAAGAGAAAUGUGAAAAUACAGAAAUCAUGAUCCACAUUCUAAUAAUGAGAUCCUUGUGGUUUAGUCUAUGUUGUUUCUUUACAUUGGAGUGUGUCCAUGCCUGGGUAUCAUUACAUACGAAGAAAAGAACUUCGAGCCUCCAUAAUGUCAAUUAUCUGCUUUCCCCAAACUUGGUAGUCCAUACUUUCUCUUACCUCUUGGUAUUCCACUAUUGGAUAAAUAAAUAAA